AUGGAACCUCAUCAAAUCCCCCCAAAACCUCCAGACAUUACCAAAAAUUUUGCUUCAUUAUUCAAGAAACCUUUGACUGUGGAAAAUCCUUUACCGAUUCUGGUUGCUUCAGAAAUAAAUUCCUUGACAUUUGUUGAUCCGUUGGGAUGUAAUAACACCGUUUCUGUGCCUCUGAUUUCUCAGUUGAAUCGAAACAAGCUGACUGUUCAGAUUCUUCCUUCGACUGUGUCACCUUCGACGAAUAACCAAAACACUUCUUCUGAGUUAGGGAUUCAGAUUCCUUUCGACUCUUCAAGUAUUCGAAACAUACAAGGAGUUAACCAAAUCCCCCAUACCUCAUUGAAUUCCCAAUCUAUUUCGAUUUCUCAAGGUCUUUCGAGGGACCGUACUUUGCCAAAUGCUCAGAUCUCUGUUUCGGAGAAAGAUAUUCAGAAUCCAGUCACUAUAUCGAAUGUUCAGCAUCCUUCUGUUAUUCAUGUUCCUUCUUCUACAAUCCUCUUUGGAUCAUUGAAUUCUGUAAAUCCUGCUAAGAGAGUUGCUUUUAAUAAAGGGGAGCCUGGGAUGUAUUGGUCCCCUGUUGAGACUAUGGAGCUUUCAAAAAACUUAACCAGACACUUAUAG